GCGGCUCUUGUUAUUGUUCCCCGUCGUUCGUGACUUUGUUCGUCAAAUUUCACUUGAAUUGUUUAUAAUUAAUUAAAAUGUGGCACUUUUAGAUUACGGAAAAGGUUUCCGAAUGUGAUUUUCAAUUUCCCGUGGAGUGUAAACAAGUUCGGUGUUUUAUGAUCGCUGUUUUAAUGGAUAUACGUAAGCUAGGACAUGUGAUGUGGAAGAGCUGUAUUCAUAUUUAGAAAGAUCAUGCGGGUUCAGUGAGAUGGCAGCUGAUAGUGACGGUGGCGGACCAGCUGAGUUAAUAGAAACGGUCAUCACUUGUGAGGGUAAUCUUUACGACCCUCAGUUUCCACUCCGAUUUAAUCAGAUUGUGUGUGAUCUACGGAAACUUCUCCUUAAAGGUGAAGAAAAGUUGCAUGUCAACAAAGUGGAGCCAUGGAAUUCGGUUCGUGUAACUUUUACAAUCCCACGAGAAGCUGCCGUGAGGUUGCAACAGUUGGCGCAGCAAGCAGAUACUGCGCUGACGCAAUUGGGAAUCCUCUCUGUGCAAGUAGAGGACCAGGUGAUAUCCUUGCGAAUAGCAAGCCGAUGCGGAGGAGAUGCGCAAGAGAUAGUUUUAAGGACUGGUGGAAAUGAGGUGGGAUCUAGUGGCGGUUCAAUGCAAAAUGGGGAGCCGGAGUCCAACUCAGCAUCAAAUGCUAACUCUAUCAUCCGAUCUGUAGCUCAAGUUCUGGAAGCUUCGACCGCUCAUUUUAGAAGCCCCAAUGUUGUAGCUCCUGCAGAUGGUGAUCCGAUUCCCUUUCUAAAAGCAUCUCCACCAGCAGUCUCAUUGGGGUCCAAGUCGCCUGCUCAAGCCCACCCAUAUCAGGGGCCGUUCCCCUUUACGAGUAUGACGCAUGCCGCUCAAGCCAUACACAACAGAGAAUCGUUGCAGCAAAGUUCGUCGCAGAAUUCCUUUCCGCCUCCACCGUAUCCAAGCUCGCAAUCAGCUCUCUUCAAAACGCAAAGGUCCAACUCGACAGAAAACUGUACGACUGCUACAAGUGGUGCAGCGAACGUUGCUCUGUCGAGCCCUUUACUUGUGAAUCUCCUCCUCAAUGAUGGAGUUGCUUCACAAGCUGUAAAUAAAAUGCCUCCACCGAAUGCUGCUCUAAUGGAGAAGAAGCUUCAGCGUGUGCAGCAAGCUAAUAAUCCAGGAUCUGCGAUUGGCGGGCGGCAAGAUCAACAGAUACCAUCAGACGUGCUUCAACACCAUGCCACCAGUUCAGCGUUUGUAUGUGUCAGUGCUGAUGCCAGUGCCAGUCAGAGAGUUCAAAGGUUUCAGCAACCGGUCAGUGAUAAUAUUUUGGUUACCAGUGUACAAAAUAGAGUGGAUCCCCACUUAUCAAUCGGGCAACCACCAGCAUUACUGCAUUCAUCCGAUACACUCAUUCAGUCUCCGAAUUCUAUGUCACCAGUUGUCAAUGCGUCUUCAAGGCAAGGAAAUAGUGCAAAUUCUAUGUUUCAGCAUCAACACCAACAACCCCAUCAGCAGCAGCAGCAGCAGCAACAACAACAACAACAACAGCUACAGAACCAGCAACAACAGCCGCUGACUCAGUCCACUCCUUGCUCACAGCCAAAUCCAGUGCAGAAUGCUCAAAAUUUAGUCUCCCACCAAAAUCAUGGAGUACUAACACAGACGCAAAGGCACCUGCUUGUCAACCAACAACAGCACUCUCCGUACAGCAGUAUCAACGAUAAUUUGAAUAGCAAUAAUCCAACACCUCCUUCAAAUCAGAACCAUUUAUUUCAAGCAAACCAGCCUAACAAUGGACUCUCGGCAACAGUAAUGUCAGCCUCUGUCACACCUGCCGUAACAUCUAAUCUCGACCAAGCAGUAGAGCAGUACCUCCUAUCAAAUAACUGUCAGAAUCAGCAACUUUCCCAAACUUCUCUCUCCAAUCCUACGACGAUUAGUCUCUCCACUUCUCAUCAGUCGAAAGCGGUUCCUGCCAGUUUCACUGAUGUAAGUUGUAUGAACUUCACUGCUGAUUCUCCUCUCACUGUCUUUGCUCAGUCGACGCCCAUUUCAUCAGCAGCAUCAGCUCAUCUUACUGUCAACGAUAAGAACCCGGCACGUUUGACUCCCAAUCAUAACUCCAUAAGUGACAAGCUACCUUCUUCAAAUCGAAUAACUUCAACAAACAGUAGUGUUUCAGCGAAUAUUGUUCCUAAUUUUUCUCAACAGACGGGAAGACAACCUCAGAAUACAUUUCCUUCAAGACCUAUCACUGAUGUAUCACAGGUGAAUCAGCCAUGGUCUUCGUCUGGAACAACACCCAUAAGCUCGACGCAAAAGUAUGGCCAGGAAGGGCUUAAAGAGGCAACUGCAGAAACUAGUCAGAUACCCAAUUUGCACUCGCCUUCAUUAACCUCUUCGGGAAAGGAACGUCAGAUGCUUAUCAACCCGCUGACUGGAGAUUUGGAACCAAUGCCGAGUGAAAGCAGUUCUGAAAGUGAAACUGACGAAAGAGACACUGUACCCAAUUCUACUUCAGCUGUAGAGUUUCCGCUAUUCAGUUUUCCAUCACCAUUGAAUGACAGGUCAAACUCCAUGUUUUCAGAUGAUGAUGACGAUGAUAUUAGCUCAAUUGUCUCACGGCGUGCAGACACAACGACCACUGAUCAGUCGGACUCCGAAGCGACAGUGAGGUCAACAAAUAGUGAUACUUCAUCUGUUAGUCGGCACCGAGUGAGAUCAACUGUUAGCCCAAGUCCCACGUGCAAUCCCUCUGGAGAGAAAAUUAAACUAAGGCUUAAGUUAGAAAAGAACGAACCUGUCACACCAGCAUAUAAAGUUGAUGUGUCAUUUGUUUCAACUUCGAAAAAGUCUGAUAAAGGUAUUGCUAGUAAAGGAAGCCCAACGAAUGUUUCGUCGCCAGUUGGUACACCUUGUGUGUCUAAUGAAGAGCCUAGAGUACCUCCUCUUCACAUAUCAUUAAGAGGGAGAAAUGCUGCAGUUGUUGUUAGUUCAAAGAAAGAAAAAUGGAAAGACGAGCCAUUUCGAAGUAGUGAGUUGAAAAAGUCUGGCAACUCAAAGCUGAAAACAUGUACAAAAGAUAGUAGUUUAAAGAAGGUGAAUAGCAGCGAAUACCAAUCAGGUUGUAAAAUGUCUGCAAAGCCUUUUGUAAAUAAUACAAUAGAUCGUGAUACUAUAAGUGAUUUAAAAUUAAAAAAUAAGUGUAAGGGAAGAAAUAGUUGUGAUUCUGACGAUAACUUAUUAAGCGUGGAACAAGGUGAAGUGACAUCACAGUACACUCCUGUAUACCCUACAGAAGCAGAGGUUGCUUCGAUUCUUAGAUCAGUGCCGAGUGAUGGUCACAAAAUGAGUCUGAGCGUUAGUAAUAAAAUUAAGAAGCGCGACUUAAAGAAAAAAUUCCCCCGUGAAAGAUCUCUUCUAACAAGUUAUAAAAUGACUGAUGAAUCUCCAAAUCAUGUGUUCAAUAAAUUAGAUUCUGGAAUCAACAAGUCUUCGAAUACCGCACGCACUACCAAGAGCAAAGGAGCCUCGCUUUUCAAAAGUGUCGUCAAAACUGUGGCCAAAGAUCGAUCUCUUGUUGCUGCAAGAACCGCCAAUGCUCGAAGUGUCACCAAUGGAUUGUCCUCCAACGAACCAGGUUCUACAACUAAAACAGGAGGCUUGUUGGGUGUUUCAAGUCAGCGCAGGCUCAGUGGUGAUUCCAAAGAUGCUUCAUUCGCCACAGGAUCUGCUACGAGUGGUCUCAUAAGCUUGAAGGGAAAAUCUUCGAACCUUCCAAAAAUGUUGGAUGUUGGAAGCUUUAAAUCUGUUGGAACUGAUAAUCUUUCAUCAAACCCCGAGUCAAACGUUAUGAAUCACAAUUCGACUGAUUUGAUGAAGAAAGGGGUGAAUAAUAAAACUGGUGUAAAAAGUAAACUAUCCAACUGCAAUAAGCUGAAGAACGAGCUUGGAUUGAAACUAGACUGCAGUCUUUUGAAACAUAAAGAAUUAGAAUAUAAAAGAAGUCAUUUCAACAAGAAACCGAUGAAUUCAUUAACAGUUGGGCGCGUGCAAGUUUUAGAUCAGAGUUCGAAUAAGCUACAUGUUGUAAAUAGUUUUGAUAAUUCUUCAAGCUUACCCAAUCAGUUGAAUGUGAUGGAGAAGAAAACAAAGCAGAAAUUGGGAGAAGAUACAUCAAAAGAAGCAUCACUAAAAUGUGAGAGCGUUGUCCUCAAAGAGGAAGUUGGGCAGGUCGUCAAAAUAGCUGAAUCUUUAACUGGUCAUGGGAACGAGAGUCCUGCUCGGCCAAGCGGGGAAAAUGCAAAUACGCAAGGUGAAGACUCAGGAAUCGAAUCAAUGGAUGCUCUCUCAGAAAAAUCACCCAAUCAAGGAGAAAGCCCUUGUCGCAAAGACGAGAAGGAAUCCCAUAUUGAGGGUGGUCGUGAUUUUUUAAGUCAUCAUGAUCAUCAAAAAUUAUUGUCAUCAGUGCCUUCAGUGAAUCCCAUUUCUCAUUCGGAUUCAAUUUGCUUAGAAAAGAAAAGUCUUGCCUCAGAUUUACCCAAUGCCAAGGUCGACAAAAGUAUUUACGAUUUCGAUGCCAGUUGCGGGGACAAAGAUCUAGGAGAACCUGGGCCUCUUGAAAAACGCAACUUAGAUUCUUGUAGACUUUUACACAACAAUCAUCUAGUUAAAAGUGAGAGUGAUAGUGUUUUAGGUGCCGAUAAUAAUAUAGAAAAUAUUAACAACAAUAGUAGAAGAAACAUUUUAGUGAACAGUUCUAAUAAUCUAAUGAGGAUAAGUAGUGAUAUUCAAAGUACUGAUAACCCUGUACAUAGUUUGCAUUUUAAAUCCGAGAGCGAUUCAAAAUCCUCUGUCAGUUGUUUAAAUUCUCCAGCCGUUGAAGAUCCGCAGCCAAUCAGAGUCACGCCUGCUCUUUACACAUACUCCAAUCCGGAAAAACACCUGGAAGAUACACCACCCCCAGCCUCUCCAAUUGAGGACGAGCUCGCUACGAGUCCUGCCGUUUCGAGUGCGCGUUCCGUCCUGGAGACUAAGUUAUCACCAUCUCCAGAUCAGGAUCAUCGAGAGUCGUCCUCAUCAAUAUCAACCUCCUUACGGCCUAAACGCAAACGGAAACCUGAUUCAGAAACGACCCAAACCACUUCAACGGAGGGAAAAGCUUCAUCUGAUAAAUUAUCAAGUAAUGUUGCCGAAGAUGGAGACCAGUCUAUUCGAAGCAAGUCAUUACUUGAGCAGCUAUUAAUCGAAAUACCUAGCGGGACCUCAGUGGAAGUUCGGAAAGCCACAAGAAACACUCGUUCUCAGAAUCAGAGACUUGGACACCCCAGUCCAGAUGUAUCAUCAACGACGACAGUGACUGGAGGUUCCAAAACACCCAAAAACAGUCCUUUAGGAACAGACUCUGAAUCAAGCUCUAGCAAAACAAGGCUUCCUUCCCUCAGAGCAGCAGCCAAGAGGCAGCGCCAAACUUCUGAAAAUUCCAAUGCCAAUGAUGACUCUUCAACUAUCAGACCUAACAAACGAAAAUGUUCAGAAAAUGCUGCAGAACUGAUCAAAGCAUGCAUGGGUCUAGAAGAAGGUCAGGGGAAGAAAACUGUUUGCAGUACGAGCAUCACAUGUUCCCCUCCCUUGUCAACCAUCGCCGCAACUCAAUCCUCAACGAUGGUACUAACAAUAGCCUCCUCACCGGUUUCUCAAACCCUAUCAGCUGUUACAACUUCAUCACUGGCAACACCUACCAUUACAGUUGAUUCUAAGUCGAACUCCAGCACCGUUACACCAAUGAAGACCAGAAAAGGGAACAGUGGCAAUAAUGAAGGAGAUUCAUCUGAUGAUGAGCCAUUGAGUGACAUUCUAGAAAAAAACAGAACUAAAUCAGGCGGGACAUCCCGAUCUAGUCGCACAAACAACACAAGACGGUCAAUGCGGCAAACGCAAAGUUCAAGCACUCCAGGCACCCCGCGAGUGCAGAAAGCGCAGCCUGUAACCAGUGCAGCGUGUUUAACGACUGCAACUGCAACUUGCACCACAAACUCCGCUGCGGAAACGUCAUCAGGCUCGUCCUCAGCGACUUCGACAGCAUCGUCAACAGUGCCGCAGACGACCUCUGCUUCGACCGCAAGCAGUGAUAGAAGUAAAAAUAUCGGCUCGACAAUCGCUGGCUUAGAUAAACUGAACAUGAACGUCAAGUGUGUUGUUGAUGUGAAAGUAGACGAUCCAAAUAGUUUAGGUUGUAAGUUGAAUAAUAUCGUGAGUGGUAAUAGUAACAAUUGUAAAUCAAGUAGUAGUAAUAGUGGGACAAGUGCAUUAAAUAGUAGCAAGCGUGGGAGUACUGUAAAAAGCUCGGGUGUUGUAGGUAUCUCUGUAACUUCGUCUUCGCCAUCAACGCAAGCUCCAACAACGACUGUAACGUCUGCCUCCAUUUCAACAUCAUCGGCUGGUUCUAAUAACACGAGCUCUCAAAGUGAUGAGAUUAAUACGAGGAGAAAAACCAGAAGCAAUAUUAAUGCUGUUGACGCAGAUUUGUCCAACAAACGAAGAAGAGGCUCAAGGGACAGUAAAUGACCUGAGGAGUCUUUACCAACUUCACCUCCUGCAGUGAUGCAAAUCUUCUUGCAGUCUAACUUGCUUGACUCGCCUUCUUGGUUAAGUUGGUAACUAUCACUCAUCUUAGUGCAUUAACCCUUGUUUUUGUGGUACUUAUUCUUUAUGUAAAGUUAUAUUUGUUUUUAAUUUUCAACUGUACAACUCUGAUGCAAAGAGAAAUUUAUCAAAAAAUGACGCAAUGGCAAAUGAAAAUAAAAAAAUAGAAUUAAAAAAGAAUGUAUUAUAGUAUGUUUGUUUUCAAAGAAAUAAGUUGUUCAAUCAAGAAAAUACACACACUCACUAACACUUUUUAGUUUUCACAGACCGUUCUAUUUUAAUAGAUCAUUUCUUAGAUUACCUAUUGAGUUAUUGUCAUGAAAGGAAGUGGAAAAUUGAUUUGAAGCUUAAAAGGUACGCUUGGCAAUGAUCCACGGACACUUUUCCACACCAGUAUACACAUUAUGAAGCAAGCAAACAUACAUACAUCCACAAAUAAAAAAUUGUAUUAUAGCUAUAAAUACAUCUAAUUCCUGUGUUAAUACUUACUCUUGAAUGUUAAUAUGUUAAAAAAUUUUAUAUUGUUAAAACUGACAAUACUUUAUUAGUAUAUUAUUUUAAUGAAGCUCUGAUUGUACAUUUUUAAUUUUUUAACCUCUUUAUUAUUUUGAUUAAGUCAAAAGUUGCCUAAAGUAUGGACAACUUUAAACUGUAACAUUAUUAAUAUUAUUUUUAUUUAUUUUUUUUUUUACACACAUAAAUCAGUUUCCUCUAUAUUUUAUGAACGCUUAAGCUCUUUUUUUUUAUAUUUUUUUUCUCAUUGUUUUCUUUUCCUUUAUUACUAGAUGUUACUAGUAAUAUUUAAGUUAUUAAUUUAAGAAUUUUUUUUCUUAGCCAGUUUCAUAGAUGGAAGUCUUUUCAUUUAAAUAUUACCUCAGUUAUAAUUUCCCUUGGCAACUGCUUUCUUCAAAUUUGAAAUUUGAUAUUACUCAGAUGUUUUUUCUUUUUUUUCUAGAAAGAGGAACAAUAUUUUUUAUUUUCGUGCACUCGAUUGUUAUUUCCUUUUCAAUUUUAUUCUUUGACUUUCUCUCAAUUAUUGCUACUUGACAUUGUAGUUGUACUGUCAUAGCCUAGUAAGCUUGUACUCUUAAGUAUGUGGCCGUUUGAUGAAAGAAUAGCUUUGAAAGUUCUGCUUGCCGUUGGAAAAGAAUUAAUAGCAAUUUCUUGUUACUAUUAACCUUGAUGAGUCGUUAUUUUCUCCUGUAUAGUGUAGCAAUAUGAAUGAUCCUCAAUUAUUUUCGCUGGCAAGUUCAGUAAAUGAUCCAGCAUCAAUUUUUACUCAUAACCAGGAGUGCAAAUAGUUCGAAGCCUUUAUAUUUUUUUCUGCAUUGUUCAGAUUUAGAUGGAAAAAAUGAGCGUAAGCUGAAAGGAAGAGUACUGAUGAGGACUGUUUUUGGGCUCCUCUGCUGAAUUUCUUUAAUUCUCCGAUUUUUUGCUGUUUGAGAGUCUAUAUUAUACGGAAUGCAUCAUGAUGUGAUCAUAUCUGGUCUCUUUUCAGGAUUAAUACCGGCCUACAUAUGAUUCGAAGAAUGCAGAUUUUUCGACAGAAGUCCACAUUUUUCAGCGGAAUCGACCUUCAGACCCUUAUUUAGGCCAGUGUCAGAUCUGAGAAUGUCUAAAUCACAAUGCAUUCUGUAAACCUUAGACCUUUACUUCAGUGAACAAAAAAUCGUAGAAUUGAGAAAAUUCAGGAUGGGGGCAGUGAAAGCUCUUAUCAAUAUCCCUCCUUUCCCAACAAUUUUUGACAACACGGGUUUUUUAAUUUCAUUAGGUGCAAGCUUGUUUUUUUCUUACAUUUUCUCUGGCUAGUCAAGACUUAUUUGCAUCCAUGCUUUAACCAGACUAUCACUAUCUUAUUGCAUUUUAAAGCAGAAAAAAUACUGUUAAAUACCUGCUUGUCUCUAAAUUGACGGCUGAGCUGAUGUUCCAAUUGACCCAUUGUAAAUUAUCGCCGGUUAAUACAGCCAAAAUAUGUCCUCAAGUUCUCUGUUAGAGCACACUGAAAGAAGCUCUGAGGUAACUAAGUCUAAACCCUAAUCAAGUACAACCCCCUCCCCCUCCCAUUCAUGUAACUACGCAGAAAGAUUUUCUACUCUGGAAUGUUGGAAAAUUGAUAGAGAAUCAAUUUUUUUUAUAAAUUUAAUGCAGUCCGAUGCUUUUCCCUACUCAUCAUCAUUAUUAGAGUCUUGGCGCUCAAGGGCAUUUCCUCUGAAAGAUUUUCCUUUUCUUGGGGGUCAGAGCACUUUUGCUAGAAGAGUAUAGGCAUGUAAGGAGGUCCCUAUUUUAUCAGGCAUUCACCGAUGCCUCCGUAAGUAAGUUCAAACCUCUAAGAGUUGACUUCUGAUUUCGAACAACUUGCUCUCAUUGCCAGUUAUUUCUUGUUCCUAUUAGAAUCAAAAAUUGUUCAAUAAUGCCUAGAAAAAUUAUCUAAGUUUCCAAGUGAAUUUAUUUUUCACAUCACUUCUCGAGUAUUCACGAAAUAACUUUGGAAAAGUCAGCUGCCCCUCUGGACCCCAAGUUCUCCAUUAAAUGACAUCUCCCUGUUCUUUAAUUCAAAGUACUAUGUUUCUAGUGAGGGUAAUAAACAAAUUUUUCAUAAUUGUAGGCAAAAUUCACAUUCCUUUGUAUUCAUUUUUGCGCUCCUUUCUUAUUUCAAAAUUUUGCUCUGAAUUUUUACCCAAUCACAAUCUUCACAGCUUGAGAUUCUCAUUUUCUUUGCCAGAGGUCAGUAAGACAAGAGAAAAUGAAGCCCUUUUUGCUGUCUCUCAUCACUGCUUAAUCUUAGCUGUUGCUCUGCUUUUUUGUAGUUAUUGCAACAAUUAUAAUUCAAUUUAUCUCUGCCGUGAACAAAUCUACCUGUAAAUAGAGGUUGUUUAGGAAAGGAAGGAAUCUACAAUCUUGUAAAAGGAGAAAUACCUUACAUGGUUUAACUAACCUUUUUUAUGGGUUUAUGAAUGUUGAUAGCUCUAAAAUGUUAAAUGUAUGGAGGAUCAAAGGAACAAUUUUUAAAUUACUUCCCAUAUCUUUGAUUAAAAAGAAUUUCUCGAUUUCCCUCAUCAUUGAGAGUGUAAUCAAGAACAAUCUGACGUAACUGGAUGGUUGUCUGUCCAGCUUUAAAUUUUAAUGCUCUCCUCAUUAAAUUGCCAACCAAUUCUUAACAACCUGAUAGGCACCUUGUGAAGGUCAUCAGGUUUCAGAUCUAAGUCUUUCAAUUUUUCAGAUUGAAAUGCAGAAUUUGAACCUGAAGAAUAUGGAAGGUUCAUUUGCCCAUGAAUAUCUAACUUGCAAGUAUUCGAUAAUUGACAGUUGGCACCCCUUCUCCACCAACUUCAUUUGCAUGGGAAGCUCUUUGUUCCUCAUCAAGUGACGAGAGCUUCAUAAAUUGAGUAAAAGAUCCUUUCUGUUUGUUUUAUCAACUCAGAUCCCAAAAGACUUUAAACUUAAGCCUAAUUUCAUCUGAAACUCUGUUUUUGAAAGACCGAUUUUUCCAACCUUAUUUUUAUUUUGGUAUCAUCAAACUCAAUAGAAAAACUACUUAAUUUUCUACUAAACUCAUAUACAUAUUGAAAUUACGUAUUGAAACACAGAGAGGGGGAGGGUAGAGAGGAAGAGAGAGAGAGAGAGAGAAUGUCAACAUAUUAGUCACCAAAAAUGCAAUGCCCUCUAUUAAUGUGGGAUUUUUAGUUUACAUGUUUCAGUAGUUUUAGUACCUUACUUCAUAACUCUUUUCCCCUAGUUCCAUGAGGCAAAGUUUUAAUUGACGAGCGAAAAUUUAUUUGGACCCUAAAUUAUUCUUCGACACCAAAAUAUAUUUUAGUGCUACUGAGUUUGUUAGCAAGUCAGGCCAUAUACUAAGAUGACCUUUUACGUAAUGUGUUUUCUUCUUGUUAUUUUUCGAAUGUAAUAGUACUCAAAAAAUGUUUAGGUGUAGGCUAAGCCUAGUUUGAGAUCAGGCAAAUUUUCAGAAUUUUGAACGCUUCCAUGUAGCAUUCACAUUCUACUGUCAUGAAAACCUAAAAACCACUACUGAAAGACUAAUCAUUCCUGUGGGACUCAAAAUUUUGCAAGCUUCAUUUAUUGUCCAUGGGAACUAUCACGAAGAAAAUGUUUUGGGAAGGGAAGUGUUAAAAGUUAAAAUUGAAAAAAUCCCAAAUUACCAAUUCACUCUUAUGUCUGAAUGUUGAGACGGUACAAAUUAAUUUUAAAAUUGAUUCUAGUGAUGUCAGGUAUGAUUACUUGUGGAGGAUGCCAUCUACGGCAGUGAACUUACUGUAUGGAAAAUAAUUUUUUGAAAAAGCAUGAAGUUGUUGGUUUUUUUGCCAGGUUUGUUUUUGUUCUAAGUUUCCCAAUCUUUGAUGUUGUCCUCUUCUGUCUCAAAAAUUGCUUAAUUAGACUUUAUCAUCUUACUUAACUCAGUGCCUAACAUAUCACACUCGUCUAAUGUCCUAUUACACUGUUGGCGCAUCUGUGGAAGUACCUCUUCUUUUUACCAAACUCAAAACAAAGACUGCAGCUCGCAUUUGAUACUUAUCUCAAUUGCUUUAUUUCAUUCACAAGGCAGCAAUCAACCACUCUAUCUGCUUGAAUUGAUAAUAGUGAAGGAGAGGGAAGGGGUAGGAAGUUAACCUCAGACUAAAACAUCAAGAGUCCUCUAUAGCCUGUACUUUUCCGAUAUUAUUCCUCAUGAAUUAUAAGACACUUAUCACAUUUUUCAUUUCCUAUUAGUCUCUGUAAUAAUCCAAAACUUCUCGCAAAGAUUAUAUUUUAUUUUCUUUCAUCCUCAAAAUCUAAAGGCAGCUUACUAUUGGGCGCUGACCGUAUUUGUUUUGAUUCUUUAUAAAAUUUUUCAGUACAUAUUACUCCAUAAUUGAUGUGGAAUUGGAGGUUUAAAAAAGAAAGUUGAUGACUUGCUUUCCAACACGGGUGCUUGUGGUGUUCGUUUUGAUUCUUCAUCAAAUUCUUCGUUACAUAUUACUCAAUGAGUGACGUAUAUUUGACAGCUUAAAUAAAUAGGUUGAUGCCAUGCCAUAAUUUCUUGAUCUUGUAAAGAUCUCCAUCGAUUUGUAAAGUGUGAAAGGAAACAAUGUGAGUGGGUGUAUAGUUCAGAUGCACUUUGGAAACUCACACUAUUGGGUUAAUUUUUUGUCCUCUUUUUUCCCUCAUUUGUAUUCCAUGGUUGAGUAAUAAAUUGUUUUUCUUUUUUUGUGAAGUUCAAUCCAAAAGUUUGAAUUUUAUUUACUUUUUUUAUCUGAAACCCAAAACUUCAAUUGAGAAGGAACAGAGAAAGCCAGCGUUUCUGUGGUGCGUGCAGUGGUGGUAAAAAAGGCUUUCAAUUUCUCAAUUUGUUCUGCAAUGCAACCUUCAGAUUAAUUCAAAUUAAUUUCAGAUCUUAAGUUCAACUUAAUUAAAAUUAUCGUAGAAGCCUAUGAAAAACAAAUUUAUUUCAUGUAUUUACGCUGCCACAAUGACGUCCACACCAUGAAGACAGGUCACACUCCACUUUCAUACUCAAUACCUAGUCACUUUCUCUGUAUGUCAUUAGUGAAUAUUAAAGCUACUAGUUUCCCCACUGCCCGAUCACAACAAAAUUCUGAUCCAAACUAAAAAUCAUCCCCAAGAAAACUGAAUGGUAGAACCAACACUUGCUCUUACUUUCCUUUGCUGAGAAAUGACUUUCAAGUCUAUCCAAAUCCCUCAAGUUAGAAAGCACAGAAUGUAUCCCAUCAAGGUUGGCACCCCUCAAAAAACGAAGAAUUCCUUCCAGACUAAUCAUAUCAUCCUCUAAUUUUUAGCAAGGUCUAUAACGUUAAGUGCUGUCAAAGUAAUUGAUGUCAUUAUGGUCUCACAAUUGCACAAAAUUUAUCUCGCCUAGUUUUGCUUGAUAAAUUUAUCAGUCAGCAUAAUUUUAACGUAAGGGCUGGAUUUUCCACUGAUGCUUCUGUCAUUCAAAAACAAAUAAAGGAUUCAGCUUGAAAAUUUUUCUGUCUUGACAAUCCUCCCUCCUGUAGGAGCUUGUGAGCGCCAAAAAUGAUUUUAAUACUAAUUGAUGCAUCAUUUUUGGCUCUGUAAUUUCAAUCUUCAACAUGCACCUUUCCAUUUUCAUUUAGGAAUAUUUGUUAAUGGCGGGUGAAUAAGAACCCUACGAGGAUCAAGUGCUGUUAGAAGAGGCAAUUCAUCACAUCAUAAUCAAAUUGUUCAUCAGUGUCUUUCAUCAGUCAAGGAUCGAAACCAUGUACGUCGUCUUUUUCCUCCUUGCAGCACUCCAUCUUGAAAUCAUCUUGCUUCAUCUUUUAAUUUCAACACAUAAUUCUUGGAUUUUUUAUAGAAUCUUUUGUAUCAUAGUGUAUAAAUUAGUUAUUUAAGGUUGACACGCUCGAAAUUCAACAAAAAUCUGAGUGUAUCAGUGUGAAGGGGGAAAAAUUAUAACAAUAAUCGGUUGGGAUCUAAUUGUUUCUUUUCUCGAAUAAAAGGAAAAAUCAUAUAACUUUUUAUCUAGAAUAAUGUUUUUGAUAAGUGUUGAUGAAAAAUAUUGUAAAUUAUUGUUGUCUUUGUUUGUUUGUUGUUAUUGUUAUGAAUGAUUAAAUUAUUAAUUGUAAAUAUCCCUGUGUAAAUAGAUAAAUUUUAUAUAUAUUUUAUUACUCCUUUUUAGGCACCUAUUUGUUAUUAACUUCAUUUCUCUUUCUUUCUUUUUCAUCCCAUCAACAGAGGAGCCUUGUUCUCUUACUUUCAACGGCGUUUAAGAAGGAGUUCGUUUAACUGUCAGUAUGCAACCCUCUGCAUCAACUCAAAAUAACCAUCUCCUUUUUUGAAUGGAAUAAUUUGUUUUUUGUCUCUUUGUUAUUCACUGUCAUUGUCACCCCUUCUGUUUCUUCAUUUUCAUGCUGUGACUGGUCAAAUUACAUGCUAUUUUAUUUUUUUAUUGAGUAUGUUUGCAACAUCAGCUAAUUGCAGUGUAAUACAGUCACUUGUUUUUUAAAUUAUUAUUGCCUCAGAAAAUGUAUUUUCUCUUCAUUCUCUGAUGAAUUGUUCCUGAUUAUAUAGGAUUUACAAAUUAACUUUUUCAAGCAACGUCUAAAGCAUAUUUCAGUAUUUUGGUAGAGUUUUUCUGUCAGUUUUUUCCCCUUGAUUAACAUCAGAGAUGAGUCUUGAAUCCCUCUCUUCACCUGUCUCUGCUUUUUGUGAGGAAGAGUGUUGUAGGAAGCCCGCAAAAUUUCAGGGGUAACUCUAGACACUACAUCAUUUUGAGGGAAUCAUUACAUCUAAUCGUUUCACUUCAAUGUUUGUAUCAAAGGCAGAAGGGCUCAUUGUCUUCAAAUUCUUAAUAAUAUGUUUCUUAACUAAUUUCAAUGUAAAAACUGGUUAAAACGUGGUUAAAAAGUGUGCAAUAGAUCAAUUUAAGUGCAGUAGGCCAUUGGGUGCCGCUUGGGGUUAGUUUUUUGUCUAAUUGUUGCCCCACCUUGAAAUAUCACUGGCUUCCUAAGAAGCAGAUCAAUGGUCAAUCAUAGAAGUGUGUAGGUACCUCUAAUGUCACCUUAUCUAUCCCAAUCGAUAUUUGUAAAACAUGGAUGCACUUUUUUUUUGUAUCACUGAGUUGUCUUAGCAUAGAUAUAAAAUCUGUAUUUUAUGAAGCAAAGGUUUCUAUUUUUUUUAAAAAAAAUUCUGUCUUGAUGAUACCUUUUUCUUUGUUAAUGAGUGGCAAGAGACCUUUUCAUGAAUAAUUUUGUCAAUGUUGCACUACUUCAGAAUAUCUCAUGUAAACAAAUUAUUUUAACCACAGUCAAUGAUAAUUCCAAAUUUUCUAAUCUCGAGUUUUCAAGGGACAAGUCUGGAAUAGACUAACUGGUUCGCUUUAGUUAUGCAGAGGCUUUCUAAUUUUUAUCGCCUUCUGUCUUAGAAGUUGACAAAAAGAAAAAAGACUUGGUGAACUUGCUCUUUGCAAAUGCCUUGGAAGAAGCAAAUGACGCUGGUUACUGACCUGCACAUUCCCGUUUUUACUUUAACUUUGAUUCAUCAUCAAGUGCAUUAUUUGGGGCCACUACGGUAGCUGAAUUUUGGUAGGAUUGUAAAUUAGGAACUAAUGAACUGCAGGUUGUGACAGCUGGGCUGUUGAACUUGUGUAUUUUAUUGUCUCCAGAGUAAGUCUGUUGAUGAUGGACUUAAACUUGUGCAUUAUUUUGUGGGAGGGGUUUUUUCUGGAUGCCAGAAAAAGUAAGAAAUUUUUUCUUGUAAGAUAUGAGUUUUCUCAGCAAAAAUUGAAUAACUUGUACGUGUGCGUGUGUGUAAGAUAAUUUGCAGCAUAGAAUGUAAGAAAGAAUAAAGUGUACAGAAUUUACUUUUUUUGUUAUCAUGAUUUUAAGGUCUGUUAUUAUUUUCAUUAAUUUUUUUAAGUUUUUAAUUAUGUGUAUAGUUUAAUUAUGUAGCUAUGAGUAUAUAUUUACAUACUAUUUAUUGAACUAACUAGUUAAGCUUCCAUGUGCAUAAGCAAUGUGUACAAGCUGGUGUGUAUGCAUGCGACUGGAACACUGAGGUAAUUUUAGUAAACUAAAUUUAAAAUUCA